GCAUGAAAGCACUGCAAUCAAGAUAAAUUUUGAUAUCAAAGCAGUCGCCCUAAUAUCACACAAAUAAAUUGUAAAAAAGAUUUCCUUUGCAGACGAUUUCUGCUAUAACAAAAAUGGAACAUUAAAUAGCGAGAUUAUCUUUUCUACGCGGAGACAUAUCCGUAUUUAGCUGUUGCAGGGCACUUCCGUAGAAAAGCAUGGAUAAACGCGGGGCUAAGAUUUCAGAAACGUGCGGUAUCUGUACAGUGCACAUGGCUAAGUACAAAUGCCCUAAAUGUCGUACAAAAUACUGCUCAGUGCCUUGUUACAGAAAACACAAAGAGGUGGGAUGUAACUUGCCUAAAAAAAUAGGUACUCAUUCUUCUACUGCCUGUACACACACCUCACAGCUUGAUUCUAGUGGAGAUGAAGAUAAAAGUGAAGAUCAGGUUUCAGAGCAAAAAUUGAAGUUACUAGGUCAAUCCGAAGAGUUAAGGAGCCUUUUAGAAAACCCACACCUGUGCAAUAUGCUGUUAGCACUGGACAGAAGUGACAAUACCGCCAAAGACAUCGACAAUGCAAUGCAUGAGCCAGUUUUUGCAGAAUUUGUGGAUUUUUGCUUGCAGAUUGUGGAACCCAUUGAAGAUGAGGGCACAGAGACAUAGCUAUUAUGAGGCAUUGUUAUAAAAACAAUGAUUCAGAAGAAUUUUUCUAGAAUUUUUUACUGGUCAUUAACCAUUCAUUACAAAUGGCAUCUGUAAAUGUUAGAUCAUGUCCAUUCUUAUAUUUAAGAUAAAAUAACCU